CAAACCCAAUCCCUCCCAUUUUUUCAAAGCCAGUCCUAACCCUAACCCCAAGAAACAAAGUAAGAAAGAAAGAAAAAAAAAAGCACCAGCAAAAAUGCUUGAACUAAGGUUGGUCCAAGGGUCUCUUCUCAAGAAGGUGUUGGAGGCUAUCAAAGACUUGGUGAAUGACGCGAACUUUGAUUGUUCGGCCACCGGGUUCUCCCUGCAAGCUAUGGACUCCAGCCACGUGGCGUUGGUGGCUCUUUUGCUCAGAUCGGAGGGCUUCGAGCACUACCGAUGUGACCGUAACCUUUCCAUGGGGAUGAAUCUGGGCAACAUGUCCAAGAUGCUGAGGUGUGCCGGUAAUGAUGACAUCAUCACCAUCAAGGCUGACGAUGGCAGCGAUACUGUUACUUUUAUGUUUGAAAGUCCCACACAAGAUAAGAUUGCAGAUUUUGAAAUGAAGCUGAUGGACAUUGAUAGUGAGCACCUUGGAAUCCCUGAGGCCGAGUAUCAUGCUAUUGUCCGGAUGCCUUCAGCCGAGUUUGCUAGGAUUUGUAAAGACCUUUCCAGCAUUGGUGAUACUGUUGUGAUCUCUGUGACAAAGGAAGGUGUGAAAUUUUCCACCAGGGGUGAUAUCGGGACUGCUAACAUUGUACUAAGGCAGAAUACCACGGUGGACAAGCCAGAAGAUUCAACAAUAAUUGAAAUGAAUGAACCAGUGUCAUUGACUUUUGCACUGAGGUACAUGAACUCAUUUACAAGGGCGACUCCAUUAUCCAACACUGUCACAAUCAGCUUGUCUUCAGAGCUACCAGUCGUGGUUGAAUACAAGAUUGCUGAGAUGGGUUACAUCAGAUUUUACUUGGCACCCAAGAUUGAAGAGGAUGAGGAAGAGACUAAGCCUCAAAUUUAAAGGACAUUUUAAUAGUCUGUAGGCUUAUUUUUCAUUGUUCAAUCAAUGAAUCAAGUUGUAUGAAUAGUGUUUCUUGGUGAAUUUUAAUUUUAAUGAACCAAGCAGUUGUAGUUUGAUAGGUAUAAAUAUCCCUUUUAUGUGGCUUGAUUCU